AUGAGCACUGUCGAAGAACCACAAACAUCUACAUCGUCAUCAGCAUGUAGAGAAAUGAGUUUUGCGGAAAGGCAAGCUGAACGCAUGAAAAGAUUACGUUCUCUCCAUACGGCUAGAAAUGAAGCUAGAAGUCACAACCAUCAAGAAGUUGUCGCAGAAGAGGCUAGAAACAAACUGCCUCCCAAUUACGAAGCAAAACGACGACAGGCAGAAUGGUUGUUGGAGGACCAGAAAAAGCGUGAAGAAGCUGCUAAACAAGGUAAAGAAUAUGACAGAGUGAAAUUAUUGAAUAUAUCUGCAGUAGAAGCUGAAAGGCUUGAGCGUAAAAAAAAGAAAAAGAAUCCCGAUCAAGGUUUUUCUACGUAUGAACAAGCAACAGUCAGACAGUAUAAUAGACUUGUAAAGAAUAUGCCAACAACUGAUAUGGAACAAUAUGAAAAACAGAAACAAAAAUAUGGCGAUGCAUUUUAUGGUGGACCAAAUGUUAUAAUACAUGGCAUGCAUGAAGAUCGAAAAGAAGCAGUAGAUAAAAUGGUUAAUGAUUUAGAAGGACAGAUUGCUAAACGUGCGAAAUAUUCACGACGUCGUAUUCACAAUGAUGAUGCAGACAUUGACUACAUUAAUGAAAGAAAUGCCAAGUUCAACAAGAAAUUGGAAAGAUUCUAUGGAGAGCACACAGCGGAAAUUAAACAAAAUUUGGAAAGAGGGACUGCUAUAUAA